GGAAAGUGUUACUCUUGUGAAAACGUAACCUGUAAGUUCCCAUUUGGCAAUGAAGGUAAAUUAAAAUGUUUGUCGUUAAUGUAAGGCGUUUUAUUAGUAGAUCGGUUACUUUAAUAACGUCGUCCUUAUAAUACACCCGUUAGUGUUUUCCCGGGUGUCUUACAAUUUCUGAAAACAUUUUGUGUCAAUUUUUCAGUAACCGUUAUUGUUAUUUGGCGCACGUAGAAUAGUUAGGUAUAUUCUCAUGAAUUCUAAACCCUAUGGACUAUAAAGUUAGGCUUGGCGUUGGAACUUGGAGUGUGUCAGGAAAGUAAAGAGAAAAAUGACAGCAGGAUCAUUUUCAAGAUUUUCAAAGAAGUCAUACAUCAGUUGUACAGAUGAUCAGAGUUCAGACCAAUUACCAAAAUAUAAAGAUUAAGUAUCAAAGUGGGAUAGUAUGACUCCUAAAACUUGUUGAAGACCAGAGCUGCAAAGAGGAAACAGUAAACUUUAUAACUUUUUAGGACUUUCUGAAGAAAUUAAUGAAACGUGAAACUGCAUAUAUGGAGGUUUUUUGAUUUAAUAUUUUACUAAAAAUAUCUUGGAAGCUGUUUGAAAAAAGAAAGUAAGAUUUACUUGGAAUUUUUUUAUUUAAUGCCACAGUAUGUGUCUGUGAAUUAUUUGCAAUGUACUUCUGACCUUUUGAACUGCAUAUAAGUAAUUUUCUUAAACUUCCAUAUUUUGUGUUCCCCCAAAAUGGAAUGUCCUGAGAAUAAAUGUGAUGGAUCUGAGACAAAAAAGUUGAUAUCUUUUGAUACAUCUGUGCAUUGCUCAAGGAAAGAUGAUUUAAAAAAAAACAAAGUUAUACAGGACUGUAGAAAAUUUAAUCAGUAUAAUCAUCAAAAAAGUGAUUGCUAUGAGAAGAGUAUUGAGGAAGUCGUUGAAAGCAAAGAUUCAUUCAGUGUGCAGUAUGUGGGGGUAAAAACUCAAAAUACUAAUUUCUCUAAAGUCGGCUCUGAAGGAGCAUUGUCAGCUGUUGAUAUAGCUAUUAAGAAUCAAAGAGAAUGGAAGGAAAGUUUGGAACAUGAUGAUUGUGAUAAUUCUAAUGUAGUAAAGCAGAAAGAGCAGGAUUCCUAUGUUAAAUGUCUCACUGAUACUUGUAUGCUAGAAAAAAAAGGCUAUUACUGUGAAGUGUCUGAUGUGUUGUGUUCAGAAGGGUUUAACAAUAAAAUUAAAAUUAAUGAAGAAAUGUCUGAAGAUGCAGAUUCCAAAAAAGAUAAAGUUGAGGAAAAGUUAGAAGGAAAUAAUGAAUCAUCAAAAGUUACAGGGGUACUAAACUUAUCUUCACCAGAAGGCCAGCGCCAUUUGAGUAACCUUAGAAAAGAGAUUGAUAUCCUAAAUGAAGCAGGAAAACUGAGACCAGAAUAUUCUUCUUUUUGUUUUGGAACACCAGAAAAAGAAGUUAAUCCAAAAGAACCAAAGAUAAGUUUAAAAAGAAAAGAAAGAGAGGAGAAAAAUGACACAUAUGAAAAAGUGCAAAAAAGGAAGAAAAGGAAACGACAAACUUUAGACAGUAAAGAGUGUGAAGAGCUUCUUCAAGGUAUUGAUGGAGAAAUAGAUAGAGUGCUAGAAGAAAGAGCUAAAAGGAAUAGACUCACAGCUGCAAAUGUUAAAAAUAUAUUGAAGCAUGUGAUUACAAAUGAACAUGUUUUGAGUAUGGUUAGGAAUACCAUGCGAUCUGAAGAAGGAGUUGACAGUGAAAUAGAAGAGGCUGUGUAUGAACCAAAGUUGACACGUUCAAAAGUUAAGGAAUUGAGAGAAAAGCAAGGAAAUCUUUCCUGGGCCUUCUCUCCAAUAAAAACCUCUUCAAUGUCCAAAAAACUUCUAGAAGAUGAUUUUUCAGAUGAUGAUUCAUCAUUAGAUGGUGAAUAUAAUCCUGGAAUUGAAAUGCACAAUAGUGAUGAUGAUGAUGAUGACACUGAAAGUGUAUUGUCUUCUCAAACAAGUGAACUUGGUUCCCCUUUACCCGUUUUUUCUGCAUCAACUGUACUUUUUCAGGAAAAUAUGGAGGAAGAUUCAACUUGUGUGCAACUACCAGAUAGUACAACAGAUUUAAAAUCAGAGGAGGACAGAAUAGCUUUGCGUACAAGGUCCAAAUUGCCACUCAUUGAUACACCAUUAGAGGCUAUUGAAGCUGCUUUUGUUGCUCCAGACAUUACUCCUGAUAUGUACGACUCUGAUUGUGAUGAUGAGGAGUGGAGAAAUUUCUUGAGUGAUUUCAGAAAGCCUUUAGAGACCUGUGUGAAUAUUGAUGGAGUUGAAGACGAAGGAGAGGAUCCAGAAUACAACUUCUUAGAAGAAGAUGACAUUUUGGACAAAUGGGACCUUCGAUUUGAUAGAGCAGUGAAAAUACCAAAAAGAGAAGUUCAGGAGUUGAUGGCAGAGGUUUUACAGACAGCUCAGCAGGAUUUAGCUGACGGGGAAGAGGAAGAAGAUAGGACUGCAAAUAACAUACCAAGGCUUCCACUAUCUAGUCCAGCUCUUGCUUCAACACCAUCAGACACUGGUACCUCUUCAGAUGUAGAUGGCAGAAGGUUGCUUACUAAUAUUCACAUGACUGAUCAGAUGAGGUCUCUGCUAGAUCAACAGAUGAGAAUGCAUGUUCAGCUACUAACCCAGAUGUGCUUAUUGUCAAAAGAUAUUCCUGGGCUUGAGCGUUUUUCAGAUAUUGCCUUCUCACUAUUGGAAGAAUUGUGUACUUUCUCACAGAGACAGUUACCUGGUGAUCAUUCUUCAGCUUUUAAAGCUCAAAAUUUAGAGGAAGCUCUGAGAAUUGCACAGUGUGACAUUUCUUCUGAAUCUAAACAAAUCUUGGAACCGAUCUCUAAGUAUAAGAAAAAGAAUCAUAGAUUUGCUAUUUCGGAGCUUGUGAAACAAACUCUAGCCUUCAGCAAUGUUUUUAUCUAUCCUGAACUACUACCACAUUCAGGAUUUCAACGUCUUCCAGAAAAAAAUAAAAUAUUUUUCACAAAAGCUGAAGAUCAUCUUAUUGCCCUUGGCCUUGAACAGUUUUUGCCUCUGACAGAGUACCCUAAUAUGCAUGCCAAGCUGAUCCAAAUACACAUGCUUCCAACAAAAAAUGAGCAACAAAUUCGUAUUAGAAUUAAAAAUGCUAAAGGAUCUAACACAACAGAUGAAAAUCCCAUCAAAUAUUAUUUCAAGUACCAUGUAGCUCCUCCAGUUCCUCAAGUCAUUAAACCUUUUGACUUAGACAGUGUGUACCCACCUUGUAACUUACGUACAAGUCAAGUUCCAAAAUGGAUGGUCCCAUACUUGAGAAAUCACCGCGCCAUUAGACCACACCCCCAUAUUACUCUGUCACCUCAGUGUGGAAGUGAUAUUUCUCUUUCUGCGGGGAUUACUUCAACAACUGUGCCCAAAUUUGGAUAUACUUCUAGAAUUUGUAAAACACCUGAGAAAAAAUAUUUUAAUAAUUUUCUACCUCGACUAUCAAUGAGAUUAUCUCCAAGAACUCCAAACAAACCCGUAGUUUCUCCACUUAAACAAAUAUCUCCCAUUUUGAAAAAAUAUGGACAUUGGAGUGGGAGGAACACUCUCUGCUUCCAAGGUACCCCUAUAAAAAAUUCUGGCUCAUCACGUUCAUGUCGACGCACUCUUGCUCCCAAAACUGAUGGUCUUUCGUGUACUAUUCUUGGUUCAACUAUUAAUCACAAUGGUCACAUCUCACCUUAUGUUAGUCCUAGUGAUAAGAAUAAAUUUUCUCCAUACAGUAGCCCUGUUGGAGAAUAUCGCCCUAUUGCACCUAAAUCUGUCCAAAAUGAAAAAGUGAGUGUAAAUAUUCAUUCUAGUCCAGACUUACAAAAAAUACAUUACUCAAAUUCUUCCUUCAAUAUUCUAAAUUCUAAGUGUAAUAAAGAAAAAUGUAUCAAAAAUCUUCCUUUUAAAGAAUCAAGUUAUUCUGGACAUGUAAAUAGUACUGCAUCAGUUUUACCAUUGGACAGUGGUAAAGAAAAUACAAGGGUACAAGAAAAUACUGAGAAGGAUCAGGUAUCACAACAGAUUACCUGGGAUGUUGAAAGUGAGUGGCCCAGUUCUGUUUCAACAAAAGCCUGUCCUGAGCAAAUAGAUGUAACAUUCACAUGUUCAGCAUUACAAAACUCGGGAGUCAUAUCAGGUAAUAUGAAACAAAACUCUUCACUAGGAAAUUCUACAUGUGUUGAUUCUCAAGUUUCUGGCACUAUUUCUGAGUGUAACUUAGCUGCAACUAACUUACAUUCUGAAGAUGUUCCUAUAGAUUUGGACUUAGGUGUUGAAUGUGAUUCUCAUAUUGAUGUUGAGCCAUGUGAUGAUGGAGAAGAUGAUGGUGUUGAUGAUGAAGAAGAUUUAGCAGCUUUGAUGGCUGCAAGCAGCACAAUAUGUCGCAGAAACAGAUUAAUUAGAAAAAAAAGUAAACAACAGAAAGAAUUAGAGUCAACUCUUGCUCUUUUGGCUCCAAAUCUUUUAGAAUCUGAUCCUAAGAAAGAAGAAAAAGAAAUGAUAUUUGCUCAGUCUUACCUGAUGAGAGUUCAAGAAGCACUGAAAGAUGAAGAGAAAACUUAUAUUAAAUUUCUGGAAGUUCUCUGUGAAUAUGAAAAUUGCAAUAAUUCACCUUUGCAAUUAUAUGAAGAUGUCAGAGAGAUACUGAUAAAUCACCAAGCUUUAGUUGAAGAGUUUGUUGGAUUUUUACUGCCAGAACAGGCAAGGCUGUGUGGAAGAUAUGAUGAAUAUUUGAAUUUUAGCAAAAUGCGUGCUUUUUUGAGAAAACUAGAGGAGAUGAUGCACAACCCAUCAUCUCUUGCUAGGGUUCCUUUGGAUUCUCCUCUUAAAUUUCCUCCUUCCCUCUUUGACUGUAUGCAUUGGUGGUUGAACAUAUCCCCCAUGUAUUUGGGUUUACUGAUUCCUCCCCCUCAUCUGAAUUUGUUUCUCUUCCCUGAUGCUCAUCUCUCAAGUUGUGGAGUAUGGCUGUUUCUUCCUUGUCUCAUCUUUCACCAUCCUUCACUCUUUGGUGAGACUGUAACUGGCCUAAUGACAGACUUUGAAGAGAUACUCAUCCCUGACAGUGAUGCUGAAGAGACAAAUAGUGAUAGCUGUGAGGAGAUGAAAAUCCCAGAAACUGAAGAUUGUUAUGGAACAAAACAGUGCCCAUGUUUUUGUCAUCUUCAAUUUUGUGAUCCUAGUUUUCAGGCUUGCAAAAGACAUUGUAGUCAAUGUGGUACAAAGUUUAUUGAUGGUCGGAUAUACAUACAGAAAGGCAAGUUACUGAAACCAGCUUAUGUAGUUUAUCAUACAACACCAAAUUCUGAAGAACUUGGAAAGAACCUCUGGGCUCAAAGGAAGAAUACAGAUAGUCCUGUUUCUGACUCUCAAGGUAGUGAAUCUCCACUUUCCAGUCACUGCCCAAGCCCAGGAGACUGUACUUACUCAUUAGAAGAAACAAAUGAAUAUGAUCUCCAGACAGGAAAGGUUUUGAGCUUGAGACCCCCAGGUUCAGAAAAUGAAAUGUCACCUGGCUUUUCUGCUAGUGAAACAUGUAAUGAACGUCUACCUGUGGUUCAAGAAUUUUGUGCAGACACUAGGACACUCUCUCUUAAUUCAAACUGUGACUCUGGAUCCCAAGACUCCAAAAAUGCACAGCCUAAGACCUUAGGAAACACUUUUUUUGUACCAGGAACUUCCUUAAAUCAGGCUUCUUGUGUUUCAGACAGUUUCUUGUUUCAUAUAGUGGAUCAUCAAGAUGUAUCACUAUCUGGUAAACCCUUGCUAAAUUCUACAAACAGUAGCCUGCAGAAUGUGUCACUAUCUGGUCCAGUUUUUGUAGAUACUUCUAGCAGUAACCUUCAAAAAUUAUCUCUAGUUGAUCAAGCCUUAAUAGACACCUCUAGCAAUAACUUCCAGAAAGUUUCACAAGUUGGUCAGACAUUAGCAGAUAUUUCUAGCAGUAGCCUCCAGAAUGUUUCACCAUCUGGUCAAACCUUAGUAGAUACUUCCAGCAGUAGCAUUAAGAAUGUGUCAGUAUUUGGUCAAACCUCAGUUGGUGUGUCUAGAAGUAGCCUCCAGAAUGUGUUAUUAUAUGGUCAAACCUCAGUAACUGAUACCAAAAGUAUUCAACAGAGAUGUGAAAAUUUAGUAACAUGUGCUAGUAGUAGUGAACAGGAAUCAGUAGUAGACAAAGAUAUUAAAAAUGAAUUCAGGAAUGAUCAAAAACAAGUAAAAGUACCUGAACAAAACUUUGAUUGUUUCAUAACUGAUCAUAAAGUUAUUUCCCAGGAAGAAGUUGCAUCUAUAGCCUCAAAUAAAACAGAAACAUCUAAGCAAACUACUCAGCUUCGAUCCCUAGAGAGAAGUGAAUCUGUAUCAUGUAAGAAAAUAGAGAGUGUAUUUGUUCCACAGAAGGAAGAGGAAUCCAUGAAACCAAGCUUGUUUAAUUCAGCUGUUGAGGAACAGAAGUUUCACAAGUGGACAAGGGAGGAAGACAAAGUUCUCUUGGAAACUUGUCAGAAGCUGGGAACUAGUAAAGAAGCAUUCCAACAGGUUAUGAAAAUUUUAACAGAUAAAACUAUUUUGCAGGUGAAGGAAAGGUUCUGGGAUUUAGUUCACAUAUUUGACCUGGAAGAGAGUGACAAGGGUGAAACAGAAACCGAAGACAGUGAAGGAGAGUAAAUGACUGAGAUUAGCUGGGAUAUUUUAAGGUUACUAAAAUUCAAAACCAGGAAGGACAUCCAGAGUACCAUGUUAACAAGCAUGACUAUGAAAUAUUGAAGGAAUAAUAAUGCAGGAAUAAUUGUGAAUGACAAACUAUAACUGACCGUGUGUGCUUACAUUAAUAAAUUAAAUUGAGCGUUGAUAUUUAAGGAAGAAAACUGGCAGAAAGAAAUGCAUAUUGAAAUAGACUACUAUAUGCAAGUUUUAAUUUCCAGUAUGUAAUGGGCAGAAACAGCUGAAUUUAGGCUCAUAUUGAUUCUAUUCAUGAUAUGUUUUACAAUUUGAAUGUGAGGUCCUGGAUUUUUUAUAUUCAUUAUGACAAAAAUGAUUCCAGAAAUUGCAAAUUGGUUGUGUAACAUCUGAGGUUUCCUUUUAUCAGCAGAUUGUAAGAUCAGUGGAAUGAUACAGUCACAGGCUAGUUUGAAGUAUUAUUAUAAAGAUUAUUAUCACACAAAUGAAUAGAUGAGAGAGAGAGAGAGAACAGUAACUAACAGAAUAAUGUUAAAAUGUUUUUCAAUUUUUUAUCAAAAUAAACACCAAAAAAAUCCUUGUGUUUGUUUUCUCUAUAUUUUAUGGGAUUUUAUUAACAUGAGGUAUUUAGUUUUAAAAUUUGCAUAAGUAAAUGUAAUUGUACUCUUUUUUUAAGGAAUUAAAUAGUUAGAUUAUAAGAAACACUAAAAACAUUUAUUCUAGCUUUUACAAAUAUAUUUUUACUAGUUGAACUGUUGUUUUUUAUGAUAAUCAAACAAUGUUCUAAAAAACGUCUUUGGAUACAAAGUUCUGUUGUCUUCAUCAUGAUAUGUAUUCACUUUCACUCAAACAUAUAAAAUGUUUUGAAAGUACCUUUUUCUGUAUUGACUAAAGGAAAUUGUUGAAGUUGUUUAAAACAUUUAACUGAGAUGUAAUAGCCAUACAGAAAAUGGAAUUAGCAACAAAUUCAAAACAACAUUUUUAUGAAGUCUAGAGGAAGCUGGUAAGUAAAUUAAAUUAUGUUUAGAGUCAAACAUUAGAGUUACAAACAAAAUUUGUAGUAAAAAAAGGGGCUCAAUAUGUAAAACAUUUGCAAUAUCAUUAAUUUGAUAAUGUAAUCUAUUGGAUGUUGAUAUAGAAAUGGUGUAAUGUUUAACAUUAAAAAAAAAAGUGAGGCCACAUAAAGAUGCAUGUGAAUGAAUUAAAUGAAUGUAUUAGUAUUAUUGAAAUAUUAGUUUAAAAAUUUG